UUUACUUAACCAGAAAGAAGACGACUUCUGGCCUGAAAUCCUUCAAGGUGGAAAAGAAAUGUAUUGUCUCCAAGUAAAUGAAGAUGAAGGGAGACAGGGAGUCAAGAUGGUCUGCAAUGUGCACCUCAAAAUCAAAAUACUCCUAUUCAUAAUAUUCCUUCUCCUUGUGGUUGUAAUCGGCCUCAUUAUUGGCCUCUGUGUGCCAGGUUACGCUCCCAUUUUUGAGGUGAGAACCCGUGAUGCUAAUGGAAAGGUGGGUGAGAGCGUGAUCCUCCAUUGCGCCUUCACCUCUGAUGGGACACAAUCCAGUAAUGUCCUAUGGGAGAAGGUGGGAGACGCUGGAGUCGUGUACAGAUAUGAGAAUGGAAACAUCUUAUUGGACAACCAGAACCCAAACUUUACCAACCGGACAUCACUCUUCCUUGAACUUCUGCCUGCAGGAGACGCUUCCCUGACUAUAGAUAAUCUGCAGAUGAAGGACGCUGGAGAAUAUAUGUGUACAGUAACCAAUUCCAAAGGAAAGAAAGCAAGAGGUCUGAGACUCAAUGUGGGGGUUUUUUCAGAUCUAGUGAUGACGCUGAUCUCCCAGAACACCCUGCGCUGUUCAUCCCCCAGCUGGUUCCCCAGACCUAGUGUACAAUGGCGAAAUGAUUCAGGAUAUAACCUCACCAGCUUCUCUAACACCACCUAUGAGCCCGGGCCCAGCGGCACAUUCAUGGUUAACUCUGAGUUCAAGAAUGCAGAAAAGAAUAAAUAUUAUACAUGUGUUAUCGAGAAUGACCAUGGCCAUCAACAAGGCAAAGCUUUAAUCACAGACACCGGCCUACAGUGGUGGAUCAAUCGAGGGACCCUGUCAGAACAUGAUAACUCUCCCACACCAGAAACUUCCAUUGUUCCCCCUCAACCUCCUGAUAUCUGGGACCCUGUGUUACCCACUGAAAUAUCCGACCCACUAUAUAAUGAAGACACCGGCCUACAGUGGUGGAUCGAUCAAGGGACCCUGUCAGAACAUGAUAACUCUCCCACACCAGAAACUUCCAUUGUUCCCCCCUCAAGCACCUCCUGAUAACUGGGACCCUGUGUUACCCACUGAAAUGUCCGACCCACUAUAUAAUGAAGAUUACCCAAGGCGAGCAGACUAUUGCAAGCACUUAGUAUUCCGCAGAUCACUGGCUAUCUUCCAUUGAAUACAUUUUUACACUCUGGAUUCCCGGUUGCCCAUCAGCAGAUCCUGCCCCU